AUGGCAGCUAUCUUGAACUACUCAAGUUCCUCGUGUGACAAGGUUCUUCCUGAACAGGAACACCAUAGAGCAGCUGGUGUGUACUCAACCGUGCCAGCCAUCACUACCAGCUUCACACUACCGAGAGCUUCUCUCAGCAACACCGUCAACAGCAAUGUCGUCGACGGUGCUGCUCUCCGCAGCACCGUCGACUCAGACUCAGAAGACUCUGAUGAUGAUGACUACGGACUCUUCACACUUUUACCAAAUUACACUCAAGUGAAGGCUAAGACAGACGCCAUGUUUAAGGGUCAUGACCUGAGAGUGUGGUGGCGGGUGACAGUCACAGUCUUGCUGGCUGCUGGCUACCUCGCUUACUUCUAUGCUGUCCUGGCCAUCAAAUCUAAAAUGGAGUAUGACAAUUAUUGGUGUAAUGCUGACGGAUUCCUUAUCAUCAUCACCUUCUGUGUUUUUAUUGGCAUGACCUAUUUUCUGGUACUGAAACCAUACUACGGUCGUCCCAUCUACAAGAAGGUACUCAAGCCUAUCUACACUACCUACGAGAGCCUAUGGCUUUACUGGUGGGUGAGAAUGGCGCUGUACCUGGUGCUGCUGGCAAUAUUAGUGGUGUUCCUGGCGUUAGAUACACGCCACGACCCUAAGCGUCUACAGUCCGUCCUGGGCCUGAUUAUAUUGCUUCUCUUUGGCUUCGUCUUUCCAGAGCUCCGGGGAAAGGUGAGAUGGCGUCAUGUUGUGUGGGGUAUGGGGCUGCAGUUCCUGCUGGGCUUGAUAAUCCUCAGGUGGUCGUUGGGUCGUGCUAUCUUCCAGUGUGUGGCUGACAAAGUCUCCGCCUUCCUGGCCACCACAGACGCCGGCUCUGAGUUCGUCUUCGGAGACGUUGCCGCAGUCAUGAAAGUCUUUGCUUUUUCGGUACUGCCAGUGACUGUGUACUUCAGCUUCUUCGUCCAGAUCUUGUACUACUUGGGAGUGAUGCAGUGGGUGGUGAUCAAGCUGGGCUGGUUCCUGCAGGUCACAGUGGGCACCACUGCCUGUGAGAGUGUCAAUGCUGCUGGUAAUAUCUUUCUUGGUCAGACGGAGGCACCACUCAUGAUCAAGCCGUUCAUGCCACUUAUGACCAAGUCAGAACUGCAUGCUGUCAUGACGGGAGGUCUCGCUACCAUCGCUGGCUCCGUCCUCGCCGCAUACAUUUCCUUCGGCGUUGAUCCUGUCCACCUGAUCUCCGCCUCCGUCAUGAGCGCUCCGGCAGCUCUCGCCUUCGCCAAGCUCUUCUACCCAGAGACAAGAAAAUCUAAAACUGGUGCCAGCGAUGUGCAUGUAGAAAUAGGAGAUGAAGCCAAUGUGCUGCAUGCAGCCAUGGUAGGCGUGACGAACGCUAUUCCCAUUGUGGCUAACAUAGCCGCCAAUCUUAUUGCUUUCAUAGCUGCCAUUGAGCUGUUCAACGAGGUCCUGAACUGGGCAUGCAUGUUGGCUGGUGCAGACGACGGCACAUGCUCUCUGGAGGUCAGUAGCAUACAUAAAAUAAAUUGUAAAUAUAUGUUAAUAUAUAUUGUAACUGUCAGAAAAUUUAUCGCUAUACGUACCUGACAAGCAGUAGG